UUUUCUGCUUCCAGUGGGUCGUGGUGGUCGGCCAUUGCUCGAAAUUGUGAAGUUUCCUCGUCAAGAAGUCGGUCCCAACGUGCCUUCGCGUCUCCGGGGUCCCGAGAAUGCUAAGGCGAAGGCACAGUGCAGGCACGCGGAUAGGCCAGAUUCCUCGGAUAUUAUCCCUCAAUCGGUGACCAAGAAUCUCCAAAGUCGGUGCGCCAUGGCCGUCACGCAGAUUUCACAACGUCGCUCUCGCGGCCUUGGAUCAUUCGGCCAGAAAGAGACGAGACCAAGUUACGAAACCGCGCGUGCGUCCGCUUUUCUUCGAGCGGCACGAAAAACAGCCCAGCACGCCCUGACAUCGUGCAAAAAUCGGACUCGUGCGUGUAAAUUAACGGAUCGACGGAGGAGCAUCCGAACGUACACUCGUCUCGACUCCGUCGAGCUAGAAUCGGCUUUGCGAAACCUUAGGUAGCUUCGGAGGGUUUUCUCCAAUUUUCAAUCCAAUCCCGAAUCUUGCACGCCUUCCGACUCACGGACAAUCGUCCGAGAGAUUUUCCUAGCGAAGGAAAAAAAAGAAAAAAAAAAAUUGCACGUCGUUAUAUAACUCACGAGGCUCUUUACUCGCGAAAUGUGUACCCGAAGACGAUCGGAUUUCGUAAGGAAGCGGAUUGAGUGUACAUACCGUACACCAUUCACAUCAUUUUUAGCCUGCACUUAAAGUCUACCUGUAAAAAUCCAAUCAAAUCGAUUUAAAUGUUAAAUUCACUAGAUGCAGUGGUAUGAUUUUAUUAGAGUUUCACGCCCUAACCUGUAACCGCUGAAAAUGAAUUUCAAUGGAAAGCGGGGUUAUGUUUGAGGUUAGGGGGAAAUAUUUUAACAACCCGUCCGGUCGUAAUCGGGAAUUACAAUCGAAUUUAUUUAAAUGUUAAAUACCCAAGAUUCAGGGGGAGGAUUUGAUUAGAGUUCGGGGCAGAGAAAAUAUUCGGUGCGAUUUUCGAGUUUCGUGGGUCUUUUCAGUAUUUUUAAGAAUGUUCUAUACGGAGCACUUUGGCAGGAGCGAGGUUAUGUCACUGCGGAUCAUGCGAGCCUUCUUGCCUCCACCGCAGUGGUUGAUCAUGUAAUCGGGGUAACAUUUAAUGAAGAACGAAGUGGGACAUUGUCGCCGUCAUCUCUGGCCCGAUUGGUGGAGGGAACUGGCGAAAGGUUGCGUCACGUGUGAGGCCGCCUUAAGGUGGAGUGAAACCCCCCCGCAAAUCACUCGACUCGAAUAAGACACUUUAUUUUAAGGAUAUCGGACCUAGCCGGUCCGAAACUUCGACACACGACUCGUGAUCACCUAAGAGUCGUCCUUACACUUCAAUUCAACUUAAUUGUACACCCUAAUACAAUUCCUCACAGCUGUUAAUAGUAAUACGAAGGUCGGUAACGUAGGCAUUUAUACGAAUCCCUUUUACCGAGGUCGAUAAAAUUUCGCCUCACCUUAAAAGUGACUGGCUUCGCCGAAUCGCUUUCUACCGCAUGCUAAUUAGGUCCCCGUCGGGGUGGGCAUAAAAAUCCAGAUUCUCUUCUCAUAUUUCAUCCCGCUAGGGCGUAUUCAUUUUUUUCUUUUUUUUUUAUUUUUCUUCUCCAGCCUCGAUCACAUUAUUUUACACGUUACGCUCGCGUUCGUUUGAUCGAUGAAGGCUCGCCUCCGAGGGUUCCAAAUUAUGAUCCAUCCAUGUUUGGAAAGCUUGAAAGGUUUUUUCGCGCGAUAAGGCGGUAUCGGUUCACGUCAUGCGAACGGUCUCGCUCUAUUAUGGGGAAAUUUGUGCUCGCGCUCGUCCUGUCAUGUGUCAUUCUGUCGGCCACCCGCGCGCAUGCGCACACCUGCGGCUCGCACGCCGGCAUAUCGAGAGCGCGAGAAAGCGAGAGUGGCAUAUCGAUCCGGUUCGUUGUAGUCUGCCUACCUCAACCCUGACUGCUCACGGCCACGGCCACCAGGAUUCUACUCUUUUGAGGAAGGUGCCGAAGGUUGCCGAAAAAAAAAGUGGAAUCUAGUAAGAAUCACGGAUAUCACGAAGUAGGAUAAGGAGAUACAACGCCACGUGUCGGAAUCCCCACUUUAGAGAAAAAAAAAGAAAAAAAAUCUUUGACGAGAAUCAUUUAGAUUGCCGCGUGUAAUCAAUCUCUGGGAAGUAAAUUUUCUCGCUUGUAAAUGGAGGCAUUAUCGGUCGCUAAUCAAUCCUGGAAGUGCGGCACACGGGUAUCUUGCGAGGCUUGGUACGCGAUAUUUAAGCAACAGGGUGGGAAAAAAAAAAAAAAAAAAAUGUUAGGAAGAAAUUAUUGUUUAUUCACUUUAUGGUAUUUCUAUCGGAAUAAAAUGCUAGAAUGGAUUUCACAGUUGCGUAGGAGGUGAGAGUGCGGAAUUGUAUGGGGACUGAAAAUAUCGCCGAUUGUCUCCUUCGGGUACGUCGCCUCCUCCAUUUCUCUAAUAAUACUAUAUAAAAAAAAAAAAAGAAAAAAAAAAUGUAUCUCUCGAUGCGGGAUUUAACGUCGAACUCUCGGCCCCUUUUAGCACAUCUUAGGUAUAUUUAGCCGAGAGGUCGUAACGUUUUCCUCGCGUCUGAAAAACCGGGGGGACCUCGAGGUCCGCACCACUGGGUGACGUAAAGAUGCUUUUUAUCCCUUCUGUUUGUCCGCCGAGGAGGCCGAAGAAAAUCCGCAUAUCGCUCCCGAUCCACGCUAGGUAUCGCUUUUAACUGCCAUCCCCGCGAGUGAGUUUUCAGUCACGUUGCGGCGGUUUACCAUUACGGACGUCACUCCGACCGACUCGUGGCCGGUUCUGCAGGGAUCUGCCCGCGCGGGGUUUGCACGAUGUCCGGCACCGCAGUUGAGAGUAUGAUCGGGAACAACAGAGCGAUGCCGAACAUCAAGCAGGAAAUCGAGAACCCCACUACGCCCACGCAGAAUUAUCACCAGGUUUGCUCGCCCACCACGACGCUGCAUCAUCAAGAAGUAAGGACGGACAGCGUGCAGGAGGAGAGUCCGAAAAGAAUGAAAGACUUGGGACACCUCGAGCAGGUGAUUUGCGGAGAAAUGGACAUGCAGGACUACGGGGGCGGGGGCGGCAGCCCCGGGAGCCCGGAGAUGCAUCACUGUUCCUCCACCACGCAGCCUCUCGGGAAGUCCGAAGAAAACAUCAAGGAGGAGGACAUGAUGCCGAGGAGAUUGUGCCUGGUGUGCGGAGACGUAGCGAGCGGUUUCCACUACGGGGUGGCGUCUUGCGAGGCCUGCAAAGCCUUCUUCAAGAGGACGAUACAAGCGAGCAAUUUCACAGGUAACAUCGAGUACACCUGCCCGGCCAACGGGGAGUGCGAGAUCAACAAGAGGCGGAGGAAAGCCUGCCAGGCGUGCAGGUUUCAAAAGUGCCUGAGACAAGGGAUGCUGAAGGAAGGAGUCAGGCUGGACCGCGUCCGAGGUGGUAGGCAAAAGUACCGGAGAUCGACGGAUCCCUACAUGCCCGGGAAGACCGUCACCCUGGAAGCUAACGUAGGAUCGGCAGGGUCCGCGGAAGCAAUAAACAACAAGAUGGUGGAGGCUCUCAUAGCUUGCGAGCCCGACGCUCUGCAAGUCUCCAACCUGUCUCACACCCUGGACACCGACCAGCGAGUGCUGGGACAGUUGUCCGACCUCUACGAUCGCGAGCUCGUCGGAAUAAUUGGUUGGGCAAAGCAGAUCCCAGGGUUCAUCAGUUUAGCCUUGAACGACCAGAUGCGCCUUCUUCAGAGCACGUGGGCGGAAAUUCUCACCUUCAGUCUGGCCUGGAGAAGCAUGCCCAACUGCGGAAGGCUCAGGUUCGCCCAGGACUUCACCCUGGACGAGAGGCUUGCGAGAGAGUGUCACUGCUCCGAGCUCUAUUCCCACUGCAUACAAAUCGUGGAGAGGGUCCAGCGACUGGGCCUCUCCAGAGAGGAGUUCUUUGUGCUGAAGGCGUUGAUCCUGACGAACAGCGACGUCAGGCUGGACGAGCCGCAAGCUCUGUACCGCUUUAGAGACUCGAUAUUGAACUCUUUGUCGGACUGCGUUGCCGCGAUUCGACCUGGCCAGGCUUUAAGAGCCACUCAAAAUAUGUUCCUAGUGCUGCCGAGCCUGAGGCAGGCCGACGGAGUUGUCAGAAGAUUCUGGUCUAGCGUCUACCGAACCGGCAAGGUGCCUAUGAACAAGCUCUUCGUCGAGAUGCUGGAGGCUGCCAUCUACCGAUGAGGGCUCUCAGGAAUCGGUGGAGUCGAGACCGAGGCUCCUAAAACAAUCCGCUAGGUGAUUCCUAAACCGAGGAUGGACCUAAUUCACGCUGCUCCAGAGUCCGCGUACAGCUUACAAGCUCGACCAACGAAAAGAACGAUCGAGCUUGCCAAGCUGGCCCUCUGGGUGCGAGAAGAAACUGAUCCGAACACCUGCGUGAGCCAGUGAAACGAUGUUACUUUCCCAUUGGAAACCGAAUGUCUAGGAAUUUCUUUUGUCAUUUAAAUUAACCAGUAUGAAGCUCGAAAUGGCCCGAUGAAGUCGCUAGCCAAACCUCUUUGGUAACAAUUUUCCUUUGCCGUUUUCCGAUAGGGAACUGUCCUGUUUGUUCGGAACAUCGGCGCUUUUCUACCGAUUCGGAUGCACAUAGUUUUCAGUUCGUCAUGUAUACGAUUUAUAUAUAUAAAUUUAAUUUUUAUGAAGGUUGUACGGGAUAGGUACCUCCGAGCAAUCGUCACCCUUAAGAAUUUGUUGCGCUGCGUGUUUUUAAGUUGGAGGAGUGUGUGCAUCCGUAGGGGCAGAAAAGUUGGCCGCGUUUAUGAUUAGGAUUGGCAGGAUGCGUCCGGAAAAGGACAUCUUCGCACUUGGCCUGAAUCGAUAACCGAGAUGUCUUUCGUUGAAAAAGUCAAAAGUUUAUAUUUUUAAGUACCCUUUUUACAGGUACGAGACGAUACGUUGUUUUAGAGGCGAGGCAUGUUUGGGGAGAAAAGUCGAGUGCGCGACUCCAUUGUCCUUGUACGAAUUCGUACGGGCUUUUUGUGUGUCUCGCUCGACACGGAAUCAGGGCUCCACCGAAUCGCGUUCAAUUAUUUUUUUCAAAGACGAUCGGUUAAGUUGUCGCUAGGGUCGGUUUAUCAAAAUUGAUGGAAGAGAACUAGACCACUUGGCGAAGAGUCCUGAAGUCCCGUAGUGAUUCUGUACAAAGAGGAAACCAGUGAGAUACCUUGUGAGCGAUGAGCCGAGUAGUUCCUUAGUUGCCGAGACGGUAAAAAGAAGUGGAACGCGAAACCGAGACUUAAUCUGUGGAACCUUGGAACCGUGGAUCGUUAGAACCUCCUCAUUUUUCUUCAAACAAACCGUACUUUGGAGGAAUGCUGUACAUCACAACAUUUGGCAUCACAUUUUAAUUGAACUCACGCCACCGGAAUAGUUUAACAUUGAUUUAACGUCGGUACCUUAGGAUGGUUUUUCAUUUUUUUUUCCCCCGUUUAACGCGUUCGGCAAUCUUGGAUUUAUGUUUUUCUUUUAUUUACGUCGCGGAUGCAAAUGGAAAUGUUUAGUUAAAUUAGGACUCGCGUAUGCACGUAGCGAUCGAUAAAUCGGAAAGAUGUCUUAUUUGAUUUUAUUUAAUUUCUUUUUCUUUUUAUUCGACGAAUAGUAUCCGAUUACGAGACAGCAUUCUUCCACUGUGCGUUUUUUAUUGUUACCAGGUGGGGUUCCUCGGUAGAUCGGCCCAGUCCUUAGAUCGCGAUCGGAGGAAUAUUCUGGUGGAGUCGGCGAGGAGGGAACAGGCGAUAUUUUCUAUUCUCCACUUUGUACACACAAAAGGCAACGAAAUGGAAAAUGCGAGGGGGGAAGCGUUUCGCGAAAGAAUCGGCGAUAUUUUUUAGUUUCGAUCAAUCCUUUCCAUCAUGCCAGGCGAUUCCUCGUGCGAUCGGGCUCGAUCGCCAGAAAAGAGGAGACGCACUUUAUAUAGUUUACCGGAUUCCCAUGUGAUCGUGGAACGUCAUUCGCACGUGCCACAAAGGAACGUAGGAGAAAAUAUAUUCAGGGAUCUUUAUUAUCUAGAUAUUAUACUGUUAACGACGACCGGUGCGCGAGUCGUCCGCAUAAUAUCGUCUCUUACGUGGCCGAAAAAGCCGGUCGCAUCUAUCGAACCAUACGAUUAUUAAUAAUUAACGGAGCGUGGAAUGAGACGACAGCAGGAAAUUCUAAAAGAGGGCGUACACGGAGCUGGGCGAAGUACCGCUUGGGAAGGGUAUUUCUUUUUCUUAACGCCUAGCUAGGGAGGGUAUCGAUAUCGCAUUGUUAUCCCCAUCUCUGAGUUCAUCGGCGCGUCCGCCUCCUCGAGCUCGGUGGUUUAUUAAUAAUUAUUAAACAUUAAUCCCCAUAGGGGGGACCGCGGCAUUUUAGUGCAAUACGCCAGGGGCUUGUCGAUGGUACCCGCUCGACUAUCGCAAACGCAAUAUUUUGAUACACGCAAGAUGAAUUUGUUUUAAAAUUAAGUAGACUACUCGUCGGCUAGUUGCGCCCUUUAGUUCUUAUUGGAAGAAGGAAAGAAAAAAAUGUGAUUUCGCCGCGGAAGGUAGUUGCCCCCAGCCCAGGGUAACUCAAUGUACCAGUUGUUCACCUCGCCCCGGUAAUCGGAAAAGCUUGGCGCUGUCGGCAGAAAGCAGAGUUUGUGAUAAUGGUAUCUUCGAUUCGUGAUCACUCGCCAUGUUGAUAGGCGUAUCGCGUUCAAGCGCGCGGCCCGAUGAGCGAAUUAAAUUAAUUUCAACUGAAUUGAUAUUCAGCACCGCGCAGCUCCCGAGGCAUCUUUUUGUAACCCCAUCAACGGAACGUUCAUUUUCUUUGACAUUACAUUUAAUCGCGCUUGAAGUCUGGAUUUAUGUCAAUGGUAACCUCAGAUUCCCUUUGCACCCCUGUUAUCGCGUACCUGGUGAAAGCGUUUCUUUUCAUCCCCGGAAAUCUCGUUUCGUCCUUUCCCUGCAUUUAGCCUCGCGCGCGCGAACAGCUGAUCGCCACAACCCGCCGAGUUCGUUUUCGGCCGAGACAAGGUCGCGCCAUUACCUCGUUAGGCAAUCUCAUUAACGGCGGUCCGUUUCUGAGCGUGUAGUAGCUAGAAUAAUAAAACUAAUUGAUAUAACGAAGUGGAGAGCAUGGCUGUUGAGCCGCGGCGAAUUCCGCGGUACCCCGGGCGGCCCGAAAUACCUCUGGGACGGUUCUCCUCUCCUUCUUUUUCCGCCGCCGUGUCCCCUCUUCGACUCGUCUCGCCAGAAAACGACCGAGAGGAAAGGAAGGCCCGAAAAAUCAUAGGAAAUAGGAAGCAAUCCGAAAUUUCUUUCCUUAAGCCGAUGCGAAAGUGCCGACUCGGCGGGUCUCGUUUAUGAAACUUCUCCGAACUGGGUGUAACCGAGUCGUUUGAAAAUUUCCAACGGGAAUAUGGAGGCUAUAAGAAAUGAAAUUCUAAUUGUUUACGAAUUUGUUUUUGGGUAUUUUUUAAUAUUUUGUAUUACGAGUGAAAUUUUAAGGGUGUCAAGACCUUUAUCGCUUCCAUACUCACGUUGUGCAUACUGCAGAAACGUUACAGGGUGCCCUAAAUUUUUACCUGGCAGGUAAUUUCAGGCUCUCACCUCCGUUUUUUCUUUUUUUCCCCUCGAGGAUUUCUUUCGCGUUUCUUCUCCCCUUAAACCGUCGUCCGGAACUGGCGAGACGAGAUUCUGUAUCGAACUGUGAUAUCUUGCGUUACGAGGCGCAUUAAUCGUGUAUAUUGUACAUUAUGAACCGUGUUCGCGCCUGCGCGGCAGCUCGUUCAGCCUUUCCCGCGCCGCCCGGAAGUGCCGCGGCAACCAAAAGUAUUUCGGAUUAUCGAUCGUAUUCCGUCCACGAUCCGAAGCUUCGCCCUUAAGGGGGUGCGAAAGUGGCAUCCGAAGAGUCAAUCGAUCAUGAAACUUUACCCCUAAGUACACCGAAUCGUUUCAAACUUGACAACCUGAACACGGGGGCUAUAAGGAAGGUCUUGACCCUAAUGGAAUUAAAUUUCUUUACACAAAAUUGUUUAAACGUCUACGAAGAAAUUUGUAAAAAGUGGUAAUUUCGAGUCUGAGGACCUUAUGAUUAUAUUGUAAAAUUCGAAUUUAUUCGGUACACCCUGUUUGGAGAUAAGUCUCGUUAAGGGGAACUCUUCGACGUCACUUUCGCAUCGCCUUAACGAAAUCCUUGGGAGGUCGUAGAUAAGAGGAACGCGACUCGAAAGACCCUUAAAAUUGCGAUAUGGUGUUGGAGGCCCUUAAGGGGGUCCACGAGCAGGUUCGCCGUGGCCGGUAGGAUCGUAGUCUCAGGGUUUCAACAAACAAACAAACAAACGAUACAAUACAAAAACCUACAAACCUAUAAGCAAAUGAAUAUAUAUAUAUAUAUAUAUAAAAAAAUGAAUAAUUAUAUUGAUAGAUAAGCAUAUACGAGAGCGCGCAGAGGGAGGCGUUUUAAUAUUAUAGCUCGUACGUUACGUAAGUGAUGCUUGCAUGUUACAAGACGAUGGUGGAACAUUAACCACGCUUCGUGCUCGGUAAAUACCACACACUUGCAGUAAUGCGUCGAUCAAGUGCAAGGACGCGCAAUGGCGUCGCAGCGUAUUUCGCGGGAGAGGCGUUCUUCCUCGGAUAGACAAUGCGACGAAAGAUUUGCAUGAAACAUUGCCUCGUAAAAGAUCACGAAACGAGUCACGAGGGUGUUGCUUACGAGUCCUCGUUUGGGACUCGUGUCUUGGAACAUCGGAGGCGCGGCGGACUUUGUUUCGAUUUUGGUCUCGAGAGAACGCCGCUCGGGCUCAGCUGCAUGUACAUACAAUAUACAUAUAUAUAAUAUACAUACGUAUGUAUAAGUUGACGAUGAGGAUUGCGAGAUUGUCGAACGAUGUCCUUCAUUUGCCUCGAUGCGACUUUCAGCGCGGAAAGAAGAUGGCCGACCGAGGGAGGCGCUCGCGGGGCGAACCGCGAAUCGCAAGUUUUUUGUUCGGGGCAUUAGCAAGUUACGGUUCGUUUAGUUUACGGAGUAGUAUGAGGAGAUACGAUGUACAGAAAUCGGCAACACUUUUGGGGCCCAAGAUCGCAAAAUUACCAGCAUUUUAGGUCAUUUACAUCGGUAGGAAUUUCCUUCCUUUCAGUUCCCUUAUUUCCCGCGCGUGGCGCUCGCAACGUUAGAUCGGUGGUCUUGAGUCUCGAUUUUGGGAUCACUUUUUGGAACCGACUAUUGGCGUUGUGUCUCCUUAUACUAUUUCAUGGUUUAGUUUAUGUCAAGGUACUUUCGGGGAAGGGAAUCGAGGUCUUGAGAAUUUGGAGCCUCGCCCGUCGACGGGCGCGGAGACCUCGGCCCCGUUCCCCCCUAGUCGUCGCUGGGUCUGGGGAAAUGGCCAAAAUGUAUUUUUUCCUGAGUGCGGGCCACUCUCGAAUCGACGUCCCGAGGUUUCCCGGUGGCAGGAGGUAAUCGAUACCGAACUCCCCGGCCUCGGAAAUGCGAUCCUUCCUCGGGACCAGGGACGACUUCCGCUUCCGGCCCCGCGGGCUCGCGACUCGCUCGCUCGGCGCGACGGAAAGCUCGUUUCUGUCGCCAUUAUAAAUAUGUACGUAGCUACUUUGUAAUUAAUGUAGUAGACCUAUGUAUAAUUUUUAUAUAUAUACACCCCCUCACACCCCGGUAGGGAGAGACAUCACCGAUCGCGACGUUAAGGGGAUGCGAAAGUGGCUUCCGAGGGCUCGAUCGUUCGUGGAACCUUUUCCCGAAUUGAGGCUACCUAAUCGUUUCUAACUUUACAACGUGAACAGGGAAGCCGUAAGGGAGGUCCUGACGCCCAUGGAAUUUCAUUUUUAAUACCACAUUUUUAAAAUACCUGUAAAGAAAUUUUGAAACGGCUCAAAUUUCCUGGGUGUCAGGACCUUCCCUAGAGCCUCCUUAUUCACAUUGUCAAUUUUGAUACGAUUCGAUGCACCCGGUUCAGAAAAAAGUUUCAUCUAAGAGAUUUCUGGGAUUGCCAGUUUCACGUCGCCUUAACGAUCGGCGCGAGCAGCGCCUCCACCCGGCUGGGAUUUAAGCGCACUCGCCCAACGCGAAAUUUGUCAGGACACUCGAGAGAAUAAAAGGACGUUGCAUCGAAA